AUGUCAAUGAGGAGUACAACCAAUUAUAAUCGUGCUUCUGUACACUUGAAUAAUGCACAUUGUACAGGUGGUGGUAGUGGUGGUGGUGGUGGUGGUGGUGGUGGUGGUGGUGGUGGAAUAGGGGGAGGAAGUUUUAAUAGCAACAACAAUACAAAUGGUUUGGGACGUUUAAGUGCUUAUAAUCAUCAUUCACAUCGUCGUCAAUCCACUAUGCAACAUCAGCACAAUGGCAAUAGCAAUAGUGGUUUAGGAGUUAAUAAAGGUGGUGGUGGUGGUGUUGGUGGAGGUUUAGGAGUGGAUAAUGGUCGUUUAACUGCAGCCACUGCUGUAGCUCAAAGUGGUGUUAUACUUAAUGAUAAGAG